UUUUCAGGUUUUGCUGUUCCGUUCGGACAUGUCACAUGUUAGCCAGGAUUCCAGGAAUAUUUCCAGAAAUUUUUGCAGUGUGCCUCUUUGGAUUACUCGGUGGUAGUUCUGGAUAUCCUGUUUGACCCAAAUUCUUUUUAUUCGACAAUCGAUCGACCAGGAUGGCAUCCGAAAAGACUCCUCAAUCGGAGCCCACUUCGUUCCCGGAUAGCGCUCCCUUCGAAUCCACCGUCCGCGCCUGCAUUGAGCAGCACGCCGCCAGUCUGGAUCAGCUGAGCCUGGCUAUCUGGGAGCGACCUGAACUAUGCUUUCAAGAGUUCUUCGCCGUGCAGACCAUCACGGCAUACCUUGAACAAGCCGGGCACCGCGUCACGCGCAACUUCUGCAAUCUGGAGACGUCGUUCUUGGCCGAGUUCCAGACGGAGGGUUUCGACGCCUCCGCCCAGCAUCCCGCCAUUGCGGUGCUGCUGGAGUACGAUGCCCUCCCGGAAAUGGGACAUGCGUGUGGGCAUAAUCUAAUUACCGAGGCGGGUUUGGCUGCCUACUUGGCGGUGUGUGAAGCUCUUCGCAGCUCCAACUUGCAGGCCAAGAUUCUGUGUAUGGGUGCUCCGGCGGAAGAGGGCGGCGGCGGGAAAGUGAAGCUGGUCGAAGCGGGUGCCUUCCGGGAUAUUGACUUUGCCAUGAUGGUGCAUCCUUCUCCCAUCGAUAUUGUCGAAGUAGCGAUUCUCGGCAUCACUCGUUUAGACGUGGAAUUUUUCGGGAAGGCCGCUCAUGCAUCAUGUGGUCCAUGGGAAGGCAUCAAUGCACUUGACGCUGCCGUAGCAGCAUAUAAUAACAUUGCCAUGCUCCGGCAGCGUCUAAAGGCGGGCAAUCAGAUCCACAUUGUGGUGCUGAACGGCGGUGCCAAGCCCAACAUUAUUCCAGAUUAUACCAAGUGCCAGUACAUCAUCCGCGCACCGACUACCGCCGCCAUGGAAAUUCUGAAGAAGAAUGUCAUGGCCUGUUUGAAAGCGGCAGCCACCGCUACCGGUUGCCGCUUGGAAGCACAGUUUGGAGAUCCGCAGUAUGAGCCGUUGAUGCUGAAUGGGACGAUGCUGUCUGUUUAUAGACAUUAUGGCCAGAAAAAUGGAAUGUUUUUCCCUGUGAUGCGGCCAAGUUAUGGGUCGACGGAUAUGGGCAACGUGUCCACUGCGAUUCCCAGUAUUCAUCCGGCCUUCGCUGUCGGAGAGUUACAUAUGAUUCAUACCAAGGAAUUCCAAGUGGUCUCUGGCAAGCCGGAAGCUUUGAAACGAGCCCGCCGAGCCGGUUUGACCAUGGCCAUGACUACAUUGGAGCUGAUCGCGAAUCCGCAGUUGCGGAAGAAGGCGCGCCAGGAAUUUGAAGAGACACGCAUGGGUUUUGUUGGCAACGACGUGGAAUCGUCUACUGCCAAAGGAGAUUUCUCCAAUUUCUAAAGAUUUUUUAGUAUAUUUUUUCUACUGGUCUUUCGUGAUUAUUCAGCUAGUACGGGAAAGUUGGAUUGGAUUGUGAGCUUCCGGUGUAGUUUAAUAAAUCAUCUGAUAAUGCAGCCAGCAGCCCUAUUAGCUGAAGAAGAGUUUUUAUUGAUUUUGUGAAGCUAAUUGGCGAUAAUAUUUUACAAAUUUCAUCCUUCCAGGUAUUGGUUAUUUACUUGUUUACCAAAUGAUUUGAAAAUUGCUCAGCAUGCUCGUACAAAAAUAAAUUUAUA